GGUUGCUGUGGCUGCGGGGAAGGCGGGCUGGCCGCGGGGCCCCGCGCUGUGCUGCGCCAUGGGCUGCGGGCCGUGGGCGCUGCUGGCCCUGCUGUGCGGGGUGGCCGCGGCGGUGGCCCCGCUGCGCUGCAACGUGAGCCUGGACAGCCCGGCCGAGCGGCGCUGGCUGCCCGUGCUGAAACACUUCGAUCCCGCCUUCCUGCGCGCCGCCGUGGCCCGGGUCAUCGACGAGAGCGUCCCGAAAUGGGUGCACCAGGUCAUCCGGCCCAUAGCAGCGGAGCUGGAGCAAUUCAUGCCACAACCCUUCGCGGGGGAGAUUGUGGGGCUGUGCCAAGCACUGGGAAUCAGUCUGGGAGAUGGAAUCCUGCUCAACUUCGCCUACGAGUCCACUGCGUUCUGUACAAGCAUUGUUGCUCAGGAUGACAAAGGGAACAUUUACCACGGUCGCAACCUGGAUUAUGAUUUUGUUGAUAUAUUGAGCAAGAUCACAGUUGAUGUGCAGUUUAUAAAGAGUGGGCAGGUAGCGUACCAAGGCACCACAUUUCUUGGCUACGUAGGCUUAUGGACUGGACAACGUCCACACAAGUUCACAAUCUCUGGGGAUGAACGAGAUGGUGGUAGAUGGUGGGAAAAUGCCAUAGCUGCUUUCCUCAAUCGGAAUUACCCCGUCAGCUGGCUGGUCCGGGAUACCCUGAGCAGAGCAGAGGACUUCCAGUCAGCUGUUCUCAGACUGGCUGGCAUUCCCAUCAUUGCUGAAGUUUACUAUAUUGUAGGAGGUGUGUCACCCAAAGAAGGCAUGGUCAUAACAAGGAACAGAAAAGGGCCAGCAGAUCUCUGGCCUCUGGAUCCUUUAGGUGGAGCGUGGUUUCGUGUGGAGACAAACUAUGACCACUGGACCACCCCUCCUCCUUUUGAUGAUCGCAGAACUGCAGCCAUCAAAGCUCUCAAUGCUACUGGACAGCAGAACAUCAAUUUUGAUACACUCUUUAAGGUAUUGUCAGUGAAGCCAGUCUUAAACGUUAACACAGUGUACACCACAGUGAUGAGUGCUGCAUUUCCAGACAAGUACCAGACAUGGAUCCGAACUGAGCAGUGAAGAGCUGUAAGGAGCAGAGGUACUGAGUGAAAAGCUGAAGCUUUGCAAGAUCAGCAUAUGGUUCUAAAAUAACUCUUGGGAGCAGUACUGUUGUUUUGGCUUAUUAAUUAUGUGAACCAUUUGGGAAAUAGUGACUUGUUAACUCUUUGAAGUGUUGCAGGUGAUCCUCUUAAUGAACUGUAAGAGGUGUUUGAAUUUUAUUUUAAUUGAUGUUCUAGCAGAUGUGACUGGUUAAAAAUGGCAGUGUGUAACUGCAAUGUAGUUCUGUGCUAAUGAAUAAAUUUUUGUACUUUACAUGGCCAGUAGGUCUGAACAUGAUGAAAUAAAAAGAUGCAGCUGAUAGACUGA